UACCACUGAACGUCCGCGCUAUUACUGCAAGCCUGAAGUGAUUGAUUAUUGUUUGAGCCCGCCUCCAGCAGAAGAAACUACAACGCCCAUGAUGCUUUAGGGAACGGAGCUCUCAGCAUACAUCGCGCCAGAAGAAAAGCUCACUUCCCCGCCGCGCUGCCUUCUGGGAAACAGAGUUUUAGCGUGCCGGCCGGGCUGCUGAAACUGCUUGCGAGGAGGUGCCAAGAUGGCGGCGCUGUGGGGCGGCGGCGCGGGACAUGCCGGGGCUGGGGGAACCCUCCCGCUGCGAGGGGGCCCGGAGCCCGUGGCGGGCAAUGGCCUUUCUUCCACGCAGGUAAUGGCCGGGUCUGGCGGCUGGUAGCGGGCGGGAGAGAGUUGGGCUAGCCCAUUUGGCUGGCGCUGGGUGGACACGUGGAGGCGGCGUGGCCGGCAUAGGGAGGUGGCACCGGCCAGCACGACCGGGAAACCGGGGUUAGCAUGGCCCUGGGGUUGGGAGGCGAGGAGGGCGAAGGCAGCGCUGGAACCGGGCAGGAAGCGGUGCCCUCGGAAGGGAGCUUCGGGGGCAGGAGGGGGAAAUGCUUCGCGGAACAUCUGGCUCCAGCUUUUGCGAAGUUGCGAGAGGCUCCUCGCGUGGGCCCCGGGCGCGCGGUGGCGGCCAGACGAGUGACACGGUGACAUAAGGUGGGCUUUGGGGAGCUGGGUCAGGGCCACUGCAGUUCAGAGAUCUGGGGGUGGCCUCCACCCCCGACAAAAAAAGUUAUCGAGGGCCUCGACAUAACGCAUACGUUAAACUGGAGGUUUUUAAGACAUGCUAGUCCUAGCUUUAGGGUUUUGUCGGGGGGGGGUGUCUCCUAGACUACCAUUGGGGCAGUUUUGGACUUAUUUCCGUGGGGAACUGGGGUAUUUAUGACUUGGCUGGGGUCCUGGGUUUAAGCAAGGGAAAUAGGACCUCCCCACUUAGUCGUGGCAUAUGAAUCUUUUAGGAAUCGCUCUGAUCAAAUCUGGCUCAGAAUGAGCCCCUUUCCCGUGAUUAUUUUUUAACUCCCUCUUCUGUGGUAUAUCCACAUUAUCUUUCAUAACGGGGCGGGGCUCGUUUUGUCACCUCCACCCAUGCCAGUGUGGGCUAGAGCACUUUUUGCUUGUUCUGGAGAUGGGUGAGCCCUGUCUCUCAUGCGCUGGGUUGGCUGCAGACUGGGAAGCGUUCCCUCAUGUAAAAAUGGGCCCUGAUGCUUUUGCCUGCCUUAACUCCACCCUCUUCCUCUUAUACACCCCCCAUCCAAAGCUUUUCAUUUCUGGGUGUGUUCAUCCCCACCCACUUGCUGAUCCUGUUCAGCCCCAUUUGAUGAUGCGGUCUUUCAGCGGUUUCAAUUCUUCUGAGAGAAGGCACUCUACAAGCAUGCAUGCCUCUGUCUGCUCCAAACAAUCUAGCAUCUCUUGUUCUCUGAAUCUGAUUCUACCAGCGUUCCUGAAAACCCUUGGUGUUGGGUUAUAUAUUUUUUGGAAAAAGUAUGAUCACUUGGAGCAUGGCUUUUGCUUCCAGCAAGCAGUUUCAGAGAGAAGCCAUUUAUGGGAGUUGAGAGUGUAUGCCCAUGUUAGGAAUGAUAAAUAGCAGUAAUGUGCAUGUGGCCUGUUUUGGCAUUUUGUUCACUGGAAGAGUCUGCUGGGACUCCAGCUGGACUUCUUCUCCAAUUGAGUUCCUUCCUACCACGUUCAUACCAUGUGAUGAAUAUACCAAGCAUGUGAUGGCAGACUGUGUCCUGACCAUGCAAAAAUAAAUUAGUUGUUUUGUGUGUCUGUGCAGUGAGAAGUAAAGGAAAAUGCAUUUAACAGAAUUUAUAUUGCUAAAUUACCAGCCUGUUGCAGUUGGAAGUGGAAGGGGUGUUAAGUAGUAGGUGAACCUGCCUUCCAUAGCUUUCAUCUGCAGAAGCUGAACCACUAUGUUUGGCUUCUCUUGCAAGAUUUUAUCUUAGGUUUUCAUUUGUCACUAUUCUGCAUGCAUAUAUAAAUUGAAUUUUGCAGUGUAAUAAGCUCACUAAGCCCAUGAAUUCUUUCUGAGUACAAUCAUACCCUAUCACAAAUUGUAGAAAGCUACUUCUGGUCAGUUAGACAGUACUGAGUUAGAUGGCCAUUGGAAUGGUCUGACAGUGUAAGGCAGCUUCCUAUAUUCCUAAUACCACAGAGAACACACUGCUAAGCAGAUACAAGUACCAGACUUUAGGCUUCAUAACAUAUGUGACUUUAUUACAGUGGUAGAUGUGUUAAUUCUCAACCUGUCAUCUCUUGUUUAGAAUCCUCUUUAAGGAUUCUUGUUUUGUUUUCUAUUUCCCUUCACUGUAUUCUUAAUGUUAAUUCCUUAAUAAUCUAUACUUUUGUUAAAUUACCGUACAAUUGAAGUAUGGUAUAUUUAUAGGGGCAUUUAUUAGGAUACAGUAAGCCCACAACUUGUGUGCAUUCAGCUUUAUGUGCAUGGCAAAAUGAUGAUGAUGAUGAAAGGGAGCAGAAAGGGGCCUGGGGAAAAUGACUUUGGCAAUCCCACCUGCCAUUGAAUCCAUUGCGUUUUGACUACUGUAUGUGCAAUUUUGGCUUUAGGUGCAAUCCCUGGAAUGUAACCCUGGUGUAAGUUGUGGGCUUACUAUAUAACCGGAGUGUGUUUGCCUAUUGGAGAAGGCAAAUCUGGAAACAAGGUUCAGUAUAAGACACUGGGUAGCAUAGACAAAGAUCUUGUGAGCUUAUAGCAGGGAGGAGGAGCAUGUAGCUCUCUAGGGAGUUGGAUGUUGGGCUCCAACUCCCAUCAUCCCUGGUCCACAGUUGUAAAGGGGUUGGGAGAGAAAACCCAACUUUAGAUGACAUGGCGUUGUAAUCAGGGACCUGAUGGCUAACCAAACAUAACCUACAGCAGUUUGAGGGAGCAGCAAGGUCAAACGUGCAGUCAGUGGCAGUGUCAGGAAUUUACCUGCUGAUGUAUCCAUGCUCGCUUAGGUGAUUAGCUCUUCAUGCAGCAUAUUGACUCAGGCCUAGUGACAGCGUACCUGCUUUGCCACAGUAAUCUACUGAUGGUGGGAAACUGUUCUGUAGUCAUUGGUGCCAUUUACAGAUACAUGGUGGUGGGGUGGGAAGAGGUUAGUGGUGAAAUCCACAGCAAGGAAAGGGAACAUGAAGGGUUAAUCAUAUAAUUGUAGAGUUGGAAGGGACCACAAGGGUCAACUAUUCCAACCCCUUCAACAGGGGAAAAUGCAGCUGGUCUGUACAGGGAUCGAACCCACAACCUGGCCUUAUCAGCACCAUGCUCUAACCAACUGAACUAACUGCCUGGGUUGUACCCAGUGCUCUGCAAAUAGAGCUCUGCUUGCACAGCAAAAAAAGCCCCCCUUGUCUUUGCCCUGCUUGUGCCCCAAAUCAUCUUUGUAAGGUCCCCCCCUCCUAGCCUUCCAGAGCUAACUUUGAGGGUGUGCUGGUGACUGCACGGGGGGGGGGGCGGUUCUGGUCCACAGUCUCUCAUGCUAGUGGAACAGGAAAGCUGGAUACCACCCAUAAACAUUUAAUCCAAGAACUUGACAUGAGCCAACAGUGUGACGCGGCAGCUAAAAAAGCCAGUGCAGUUCUGGGCUGCAUCAAUAGGAGUAUAGCAUCUAGAUCAAGGGAAGUAAUAGUGCCACUGUAUUCUGCUCUGGUCAGACCUCACCUGGAGUACUGUGUCCAGUUCUGGGCACCACAGUUCAAGAAGGACACUGACAAACUGGAACGUGUCCAGAGGAGGGCAACCAAAAUGGUCAAAGGCCUGGAAACGAUGCCUUAUGAGGAACGGCUAAGGGAGCUGGGCAUGUUUAGCCUGGAGAAGAGGAGGUUAAGGGGUGAUAUGAUAGCCAUGUUCAAAUAUAUAAAAGGAUGUCACAUAGAGGAGGGAGAAAGGUUGUUUUCUGCUGCUCCAGAGAAGCGGACAUGGAGCAAUGGAUCCAAACUACAAGAAAGAAGAUUCCACCUAAACAUUAGGAAGAACUUCCUGACAGUAAGAGCUGUUUGACAGUGGAAUUUGCUGCCAAGGAGUGUGGUGGAGUCUCCUUCUUUGGAGGUCUUUAAGCAGAGGCUUGACAACCAUAUGUCAGGAGUGCUCUGGUGGUGUUUCCUGCUUGGCAGGGGGUUGGACUCGAUGGCCCUUGUGGUCUCUUCCAACUCUAUGACUCUAUGAUCUAUGAUUCUAAGAUGUUGUCCUAUCCAGUUGACAUCAUGAGCUAUGGGUCCUAUUGAGAAAUUCACUUUUUUCCUUUUGCAUGCUGUGGCAACAGUUUUCGUUUUAUGAAGUGCCUUAAAAACACCACAUUUGGACUUUCAGAGAAAGAUGGUAGACAAAUCCACUUUCCCAACCAAAAGAUGAGCAGUUGAUGUUAAUGAUCACAAUGGAGAUCCAAGGCCAGGAUUGUCUCCCCCGCAUGUGAAACCAUCUUAUCUUGAGCUUGUUUGGGUUAUUUUCAAGCUUAAACUGAUUAGGAAUUUUCAGAAUCUGAGAAGCUAGCAAUGCAGAUGACUCCAUGGGAAUUUUCAGAAUCUGAGAAGCUAGCUGUGCAGACUCCUCCAUGUGGAAAAUGUGGAACAGUUUAGCAGCCCUGCUCUUGAUUCUGCAUCUGAAAAGAAUUUUGGCUGACUAGGUGGGAAGCUGUCAUGGAAAAAUUUGGUGACUGAGACAUCAGGCCAAAGAAUGCUCCCAGGUAUUCAUGGAGUGUUGCCAAGUCCUUGUAGUGAGAGUCUGCUGUGCAAAGCCCAAUAAUUUCAGCUGGAUGUCUAGGGAGGGAAGCGGUUAAACGUGCUUUGAGUUAGAACUUGUUCCAUAGCUGCUUUCUAACCAGCUCUGCACAUUUCCUCCCUCCCUGAAGCUGAGCUGGCUGCUCUCUGGGUGUUUGCAUCCCUGAGACUAGCCCUGCUUCACCAAAAAAAGGAGUGGCCCUAGAAAGAGGUGUUUAUGAGCCUGCCUUGGUGGAGUUAAAGUACUGUCAGCAGUAGGAUCAAAGUGCUGAAAUGGAUCAGAAGGUGUUUGUUUGUAGAGAAGCAGCAUCCUUUCCCUAGCUUGCCACAGGUAAGAGAGUCUGUUACGGUGGCCUUUGCACAGAGGAAUGGACAUGAGAAAAUACGGCAGGCUGGAAACCAGGAUUUAUGACAAACAAGAGCCAAACUGAGAGGUGCAGAACUUUGGUGGUGAUUAGCAAGCAUUAACUCAGGGUGGGAUUCAACUUCAUACUAUGGUGAAUGUUCCAUCAGCACCAGCAUUUUAGCUGGCCAGACAGAAUGAUCUCCUCCCCUGCAUGCUGCUGGAGGCGGGGGCAUUGCCACUGAGUUGAUGCAAGUGCAGAGCACAGAGAAAAUGAUAACAGGCAUGCUGAAGGGGUUUAGCAUCUCUGAGGUUGGUAUCUGGGAAGAGCAACAGUUCAUGUGACUCCCUAUUUCUUUCCCACCCCAACUGCAUGGGAGACCAGUGUUAGAAACCAGGGAUAGAAAAGGUAGGAGCCAUGUGGCUCCUGGGACCUGUAUCAUAGAUUCUAUGAAGGAUGACGAAUUGGACAUUUCUGUUCCAGAAACUCAUCUGGAGUAAGGUUUAGCUGUAAUGUGAAAGUACAGUGCAUUAGGCAUAUAUUUGUGAACAAAUUUCUUGAUGGAAUAUUGUUAAUGAUGGUGAUGAUGAUGAUACUACUACUACUACUACUAGUAGUAGUAGUAGUAGUAUCCUGCCCUUCCUAAAGGAGUCCAAGGCUGCAAACACAUCCACAAGAAAACAAUUCUUAAAAGCAUUCUAAAACAUUAUCUCAUCUAGUGAUCUCUCAGUUGCCAGGAACAGUGUCCUUCAGCUGUCAGACUUCCAUGUUAGCAUUUGUUACCUUGGCAGGAGAGCACGGACUGCUACUCAUGGUGACUUGGUUGUUAACCAUGUAUGUACACACAAAGAAAACAAAAGGCUACCCUUCAGAUUCACUUUGGUCAACCAUUGGGCACCUUACAGUUACAUAACAAAAAUAGUCUUUGCCCCGAGAAGCUAGUCUUCAGCUAUCCUGCCAGCUCUGCUACCUUCCAUUGACCUAGUGUUUACAGAUAAUUGCAUAACAUUUACCAACUUGCCUGCUGGACAUCCAUGUGUGUGCAGUGCAGUUGAGUAGUAGGAAACUGCUUACGUGGACAGGAUUGCAACUCUGAACAAGUGGUUAAUUGCAAGGUGGCCAUGCCUUGAUUUGUUGAGUUGUUGAGUAUAAAAAUGUUGCUGUUCCCAUUGCAGUUUGAUAUACGGGGCGAAGAAGGAUCCCAAGUUACUUCAAAACAUAUGUCAGACUGCAAUAGUAUUCACUGAAUGCAUGUGCUAGAAGGUUUUUUUGUAGUACAGUGUGUUACAGCAUAUUUGACUUUAUAAUGCUCCUUGGCUUAUAUUAGACUGCAGUGGCUGUCCGGAGAACAUUCCUCGGAAAUAAAGGAGCAUUAAUGGAUUUUUUUGUUGUUGUUCAUAUGGUGAAUGAGACCAACUGCAUUUUUUCUGUGAUCUGAAGUGGGAUUUAGUGGUGCAGCAGUAAAACUGCUAGCAUGUCUGCAAAGCUAAACAGGGUCCAGUAUGGGUUCAAACCUAUAGCCCUAUAGAUAUUGUUGGACCACAAUGGCUGGGAGUCCAAUAGCAUACGGAGGUGCACACGUAAUCCAUUCAUUGUCACAGUUUCCCAUAACUUUGCUCAUCAUGUUCUCUUGCAGUUAUGUCUUCCUAAAGGCUAGGGGGCAGGCAUUGGAAAAUGGAAUUCCCACCAUAUCCAUCUGUCAGAACCAGUAGUGAAGGCAGACUUUGGCAGUUGGCAAGUUUCCCAUCUUAAAUGUGUUGAUUCAGCAGCCAGAAAAUAUCUCCCAGGUCAGAAUGGGUGGCUCCUCCCAGAGAUCAUGCAUGUUUAUUUGCUGCUGACUCUGACAAUACUGAUUUUGGAAUGCUGCCUCGUAGUUCAUGUUACUCCUGUAGAAUCUGCCGUGUAGAAAUAGAUGAAGACCACUGCUUUCUUCCAGCUUAGCCUUUACCUUGAAAUAGUUGUCCUUGUUUAAGGCAAGCCAUUUACAGUGACUGCUCCUGUCUUUUCUCACCACCUCUUAGCCCUUGAGAAGUGAUCAAGAGAUCAGCAUGGUGAUCCUAUUGUGCAAAUGUCUCUUGAAUAUUCCAGUUCUGAUAUGAUAAUUCCAUUGCUUAGAAUGUUUGAAGAUCCAUUCGUCAAAAACACAUGUUUAGCACAGUUGGAUGAUAUGAACCUUUCUUGCAUUAGCAACAAAUUGCACCUUAUUUUGUGGCUUGGCAUUUCUCUUUUAUUUUAUUUUUUGUGUUGGUCGGGGGCAACCAUGCACUGACUCAGGAAAGUUCCAUGUUGUGAGCUAAUCAACAGAGACUGUGGAAAUAGGCAACUGGGGAUAGAAACUAGUGCAGGGAUAACAAGGUUGUGCUUUCCAGACAAAUUCCAUUGGCCAUGCUGGCUGGGGUUGAUGGGAGUUAGAGAGCCCCACAUUGACAACUCCUGACCUAGUGCAUGCUAGCACUCACAGCUUUGAGUAGUAAGGCAACAUUGGUACCCUAACUGGAGGAUAAGGUAUUAGCAAAACAGCUUGAGUUUACUUAGGGGCAGGAAUCCAACAUUUAUUGGAUGAAAAGGGCUGCACUUCUGACUCUAGUGAUCUGUUUUGCCAAAUGCAAGAGUUCUUUGGGAGUCAGUGGAAAUAACACCAGGGGAGAAAAACUCGGUGAUUUAUUAAAUAGUAGACUCAAUACAAAAUAAAAGUCAUUGAAACCAGUAUUUAAGCAGAGCAACAUAACAGAAACAAGAUAAGAUACUUUCCUAUUUAGUUGAUGAGAAUUAAAAUGGGGAGACGAAGCUGGCCAGCACAGCACCCUACUGGUCUGGAUCUACAUUGAAGGUCAAAUUUCAGAUCCCACCUGAGAGCUAUAUAAAUGUACCUUAAACCCUUAGUUUAAGAGUUUGUGUUGGCUGGCCUAAUAUCUAAAUUCCUCACAUCUGCUUCAGAAGUCAUUAUUUGGAUGGUGUGAGGAAUGUCACAUCACCUGCAAGGUAAGAUAUGCUGGCCUCUGUCCAUUGGCCUAAUUAAUAAAUUCUGCAGCUGUACUGCUCCUGGCAGGCACCCAACCUUGUGAACUCGCUCACAAGCUGAUCCUCCCACAUUCUGCCAGCACUUAUCCUUGAAACACAAGCAGCAAGUCAAAACAAUAAAGCAAACCAGAAAGCCCUUGAAAGUCCUGAAGGAUGUGCUAAGAAGCAAGGAAGAAUAAUUGUACAAACCAAUUAACCCAUCUCCUUGAGAUGCAAAAUUCUUCCAGUAUGUGUUUCCCCUAUAUGAUCUGGGGGGGGGGGAGUUUUUUCACACCUGGGAGGUUUUUCCAAAACUUCAGAAUGGUUGGUCUUCUCUGCCUUAGAAAUACAGUGUUGCUUCCCUCUUAAGAAGCUCAACACCAAAAAUGUAAGCCUUAUUGGCAUUAAGGCUUUUCUUGCAAGUAGCUGCUCUGUAACACUUGAGAAAACAAUGUUAUUGUACUAUAUGUAUGUAUAGUAAGUUUCUGUUAGUAUAUCAUGCCUUCAGCAGUUUGGAACAAGGCUACUGGAAGGAGUGUUUCACCCCAUAUGUGCCCACUUGACUGCUUAGAACUGCAGAACUGGUACUUGUGCCACACAUGCAAUAAAUCCCUUUUGUGUGUACCUUUUUUUCAUUAAAUUGAUAUAUAUCCUACCCUUCAUGCUGAAGGAUACCCGAUUGUUUAGACUAGUGUUUGAAAUAGAGGGGAGGGCAUUAAUAUCAGACAGUCAACUUUUAGGAAGGCUCUAACCUGCACCUAGCAGGUAAUGUUUAAUUGACUUAAAUUGUCUCCCAAGCAGCUUUCUGUGCCCUCAUCUGUUCUUCCUUUUUCUCCUUCACCCCAGUACUUAUUGGCAGAGGAUUUGCAUUUGACAUCACUGGAUGCAGAAACCAUCCUUGAAGCAGGAGAGUUCCUGGAAACGAUGCAGGACUACUUAGACUCUUCCGUCAUCUCCAUCAUUGAGGAUUUCAGCAGUCUGACUGAGGUAUGGUCUGUUCUAUGGAGAGACAAAAGCCAGCCAGCAACCUACUGGUGUGGGCCUGCAAUGAAGCUCAAAAGUUCAGACAUCCUCUGGAAGAUUUAUAGACCUUAAACUCUUAGUGGCUAUGUGCUGGCUGGCCUAAUAUCUAAAUUCCUCACAUCUGCUUCAGAAGUCAUUAUUUGGAUGGUAUGAGGAAUGUUAACCAGCUGCAAGGAUUCUAUUUUCAAUUGUUCUAACUAUUCUGUGUUUAUUUGGUUGUGAAGCUAUCUUGGUAAUGCUCCUUCAUCUUACAGAUCUGAGCUGUUUGCCAUUAACAGCAACCCUCUGUUAUCAUUCCAUUCCUUGACCUCCACAACUUGUUUACUUGAUUUGUUUUCCAUGUAACUUUCAGUGAGUUAAGCCUGUGUUGGUAAUGAGCUUGAGAGUUGCUCCUUUCCUUCCUUGGACUCUCCCUGGGUAAAGCUAAAUUGGCCAUCCCUGAGUUUCAUAUAUGAACUGAGUGUCUAUUCCAAAUUUGGUUUGUUUUUCCCCUCCUUACAGACAAAAGGCCGCAUGGAUGUAGAGAACGAGCUUUCCCUCUUGACUGCAAUCACAGAUAUUCUGGAUAGCACCGAUGACGAGUCUCUCUCUCCUUUUGAUACCAUUCCUGACUCUGAAUUGUUGACAUCACCCAGAGAGCGUGAUAAUUCUUCGGUAUGACAUGGUUUAUGGGACAGAAGAUUUUGCUUGCCUUCUCUUGUGUGGCCAGUUAAAAUUGUGGGGUUACCACAAUAGUGUGUAGCACCUUUGAAAUUGCAGCCCAUCCCGGGUAAGGUUAAUUAUGAAAUGUCAGUUUGACAGAAGCUAAUGUAACUUUCAUCCUUUCUUUGUAAUACCAUAGGCUGAUUGAACCCUGGCAGAGUUUGUCUCAUCUAAUCUCUAAGUUCACAAGUAUAUAUUUUUUCUCCACCGAGAGGAGACUUGGAUGUGAAUGACCUCAUCCUCCUCUUCCUUCAGCUUGAAACUUCUCCCAUAGGCUGAGCAUCCAAGCUGCUUAAUACUUUGCUUGGUACUCAGCUCCAAGAUUUCCAAGCUUAUUGCUGUCAUCAUUAUAUACACACAACAGCAUCCUGUUCUUGGCUGCUAGCAUUUGGUUUUCUUGUGGGUUGUGUCACAGUUCCAGGAUCAUGCUUAUCACCCUUAUGGAAGUUCUGGAGGCCCUUUUCUCACCUGUGAUCUCAUUUCAAUCUGCAUUUGAUGAUGAAGUUUCUUUGGACAGUCAUGUCUUUUUUUUUUUUUUUUUGCCUUAUACAUUGACAAUAGUGACAUCAUUUUCUCCAGGCUAGCUGCCUCUUCCUGGCAGGCAUGUGCAUCAGUACACGCAUUCAGAAAAUCCUGGCAAGGAUCCCUCUUCAAAGUUGGCAUCCAAAUGUAAUGGGUCUAGCACACUGUGAACUCUGCAAGGUCAGAGCGCCCUCUGGUGCGCAUGUUGUGGCAUUAAGAGGUGGCUAGGUAGUGUUAAAAGGGCUCUCUUGCCAUUGGGUGGAAACAUGCAAAGAUGCUAAAUGUGGUUUGAAGAAGAUUCCUCAAUCUAUGCACCCCAGGCAAGCAUGGAUUGGCUGCUAUCUUGCAAAGCUCAGCUUCUGCUGGUAAAAUGGGAGCGCUUCACAUGGCAUUUUCAGAUUUAGUUGAAUUUACUUCUGCUUUCCAAACUACUCUCCUUCUGUCAGUUUCAGAGGUUUCUCAGCUUGUCCGUGACACCCCCUGAGCAAGACUUCCGCACCAUAGAGGACUUAAAGGAGCCUAGACUUUGCUCCAUUGUGACAGAGAAGGUGAGAUAUUCCAACCAAAUAGGUGGGUUGUGCAGUGGGCAACCCAGUUUUUAUCUCUCUGGUUUACCGUUUGUUACAUUAUCUUGCAAAUGGCUUUGAGGCUUACAAUCAAGCAGUGUAUAAAAAAUAUAUGAAAUUAAAUAUUAAACUAAUAUUUCCCUGCACCUAUCUGUGCCUUGUAUCAAGGUUAUUUAUGAAGCCCUCUUUGGCAUGGCCUCUCCUGGACUGGGGGCUACAUAGAGGGGGAGCUGAGUUCCAAAUCAGCAAGAGCCGAGUAAGGGCAACCUCUGCAACCAGAGUACUUCAGAAAUGGAAGAAAUGCCACUUGCUUAGCUGCUGUCUUUCACAUAGCUAUGAAAGGCGCAAAUGCAUUUAAAAAUGCUUUAAAUAAGUAAAAGCACCCCUGGGGUGAUGACCUGGCAACCCUAAGAGACUAAUAAACAGUGGUACCUCUGGUUAAGAACUUAAUUCGUUCCGGAGGUUCGUUCUUAACCUGAAGCUGUUCUUAACCCGAGGCACCACUUUAGCUAAUGGGACCUCCCUCCGCUGCGCGAUUUCUGUUCUCAUCCUGAAGUAAAGUUCUUAACCCGAGGUACUGCUUCCGGGUUAGCGGAGUCUGUAACCUGAAGCGUUGGAACCCGAGGUACCACUGUUAUUCUAGCAGGGGAUCUCUCUAUUUUCAAGUCAGAGUUUAUUAAGCAUCCUUUGGUGCGAUAGCAAAGGAGUCGGAAAUCACGUCUCCCCCCUCCCAAAAUCAUCAGUACCUGCAAGGAUCUUUACUACAUAAUCUCUCUUCCCCUCCAGAUUGAAGCCAGCACUGCCAGCCUCCCUUUGGGACUGCCUCCAAGUUGUCACAACGACUCGGCUGCUUCAAAGAAGCCCAGUACCAAGCGGGUGCUGUUUAGGCAUAGGGACCGAGAUCUGCCUGUGCUGCAGCGCAGUGAUGGGGAGGAAGAGGAGGAGGAGGAAGCGGCCGCAACAAGCAGCAGGCAGGGUUUGGGGGCAGGUGUGAAGGAGACCCUUGUAGCAUCAGCGAUGAAGGAGGCGGAACCGAACCCACCUGCAAGUGAUGGUCCCUGUGUCAUUGCCCCGGAGAGCAUCUCCCUCAGUGAGCUGGUGAGGUCCAUGCACCCUUACUGCAUACCCACUUUCACAGUGUGCCUGAGUCCUAACAACCGGCCCCUUGCCGAGGAGCUCCUUGCCGGCCCACUUGUUUUGGAGGUGGUGCCUGAGAGUGGAGAGAGCAUGGAGAUCCCUGUGGUCCUGCAGAGAAUGGAGACAGAGAUCCAGGACGUAACUGAGAACAACUGCACAGCUAGCCAUGUGGAUGAAGGGGCAGCACUCCUGGACCCUGCCCUGGAAAAAUUACCACCUGAUGACAGCACCAAGGCUGCCUGCCUGGACGGAGAGCCUGACCUGGACAAGCGGGCUGAAGAUGUCGGCAGGAUAGAAGGGGUAGAAGAUGCUCAUCCAGGGGCAAAAGCUCAGGACCCAAUGGAUGAUCAAGAUCAUAUAUUUGAACCUAGCUCAGCUGCACACAAAAAAGCAAAGCGCAGUGCCUUGGCAAAGGACCAGAUGUGCACCAAGAGAAAAUCGAACAAGGAAACAAUGGGGCGCAAAGAGGCCACAAGCUGUGGGCCGAUUCCUGUCUGUACUGAAGAGCAGGCUGGGACUAAGCCAAGCCACCCUGUGCCAGAGAAGGAGAUGGAGAAAACUGAAGGGGAAGAGCAGGGCACGUUGCUCUCAGACCAGUCAGCCCAUACAGUGGAAAGAUCGGACAUUGAGAUGGAGGAACUGGAGCCCCAAACCCCACUUGUGCCAUGCAACAAGGAACUGCGGUUUGCUGAGCACAAGGAGGGGGAUGCGCCGAGUGAGCCUGUCCUGCUGGCGAAUGAGGUGGCUGGCCCAGAAGCUCCCCAGCAGCUCCCCAGCAGUACUGCAGACUUUGAAAGGCAGCCUCCCGGUAAUGAGGAUGCUGGCUGUCCCCCAAAGGAAGCCAAGCCCAGGCCUCUCAGCCUGAGCGAAUACAGGCAGCGCCGUCAGCAGCGCCAGCCUCGCGAUGGGAGCUCUAGGAGUGGCACAGAGAACCAGAGUGCCAGCAAGUGGCCCAGCCUCCCUGAACUCCCCACAGAAUUGGCUGAGCUUCCUUGCUUGGUCCCACCGCUGCCUUCCAAAGUUGCUUCGUCUGGACUGGCAAAGGACCCUGAGAAGCCCACUGGCUCCUCCGCUGCUCCUGUCCCAGCUGGCAGUGCAAGUGCCCCGCCUCUAUCCCUGCCAGCUCCAAAUUCUGCACCAAGAGUGGCUCCUCCGUUGCAGCAUGGCUGUAUGAGCCCUGUUCCUGCUCCUCCACCUCCUCCUCCACCACCACCUACCACAUCUCUCCCUGCUGCAUCCCCACUGCCCAGCUCAGUCUGUGCCUUUCCCCCUGUUGGGGUUCAGGUGCCUCCAACGCUGCCUCCGCCUUUCCUGCCCCCAGCCUCAGGGGCUUUCCUACCACCUGUGCCUCCCUGGCCUCCCUUUGCCCCUGUGCCAGCCGCCUACCAAAGCCUGCCACCUUCACUUCCUGCUGCUGAGGCCCGCCCUUCUGUCUUCCACAUGGUUCCUCCUGUGCCCCCUCCGACCUGGCCUCCCCCACCCAUUCCUUUGCCACCUUUAGCCCCAGGCCCCCCUUACAGCUCUGUUGAGUGGGCGCCACAGCCACUGUACUGGCCGGGCAUGCCAGUACCCCAUCCAAUGUUGCCCAUCCCUUACGGGGAUCAGGGAUGCCUGGCUGGCAGUUUGCCUGCACCAUCUUGUUCCGAAGGGGUGCUUGGUCCCCAGAAUGCAGCCUUGAUGCCAGAGCCCUCUCACUUCAGAAUGCAAAGCCUGGCAGCCAGUGAGAAACCAAGCCUGCCUACACAGCUCCCACUGGCACAUGUCCCUUCUGCCAUCAAAGCUGACCCCAGAAGAGUGUCUGACCCAAGGAGGCAAGUAGCUCAAGGGAAGCUGCCUUCUCCAUCAGUCAUCGAGCCUUCAGGGGAAGCGGCACUGACUCAUUGUGCCAGGAAGGGCUCCAGCCCUCAGUCUUUGGGGGAACCCCAUUCUGCACCUCCUUCCCAGCAAGUCAGGGAGGCCCCGAAGCCCUUAGAAGAGCUGUCCUUUCCUGUUGUGCUACAACCUUCAGGGAAGGCCCCUGUGCUCUCUGACCAUAUGGAGAAGACCUUGAGUAUACCCACUGCAGCUUCAGGUGCCAAAGAGGUGCCUCCUGCUUCCUGGUCGCAAGAAGAACGUUCUUCCUUUCCUGCUGCCUCAGUGCCAGAAAAGCUGCCAGCACCAACUGCAACGGAGGUGGGUGCUGAGGAAGCUGCCCCAACAGCAACCACUUCUCCAGCAUCAUUGGUGCCCCAGAAGGUGCAUGAAACUGCUCAGCUCUCCAAGAAAACAACCCAUAUUUGGAAGUAUCAACCGCUCAUCAACAUUGCACAGCGCAGCUGUAAAGAGGACAUUGUUCAAGCCUUUAUCAAUGAAAUUGGUGAGUGGCUGUGCUGCUGAGGUUUGGGGGGGGUUAAAUGGCAUCUGUGGCCCAAGAAUGGCAUGGCAGGUAGUCAUGUGAUGGACACAGAACUUGGGGUGCAGAUCAGGGUGUCCCCUUGGUGGGCUCAUAGACCUGUAUGGUGGGAUCCUCUUCUUAGAGGUUCCUCAAUGGAAAAGGAAGCCCAUAUCCAUUGGAGGCUAAUAGUUCCUAAUUAUGCACUAUAUCUUGCAAACUUAUUUUCCUUUCCUAUUUCUGCCCCAUGGUAUUUCUUGACCCCUUCACUUCAGGAGGUCAAAAUCCCUUUGGGAAGCCCUGCUUUAAAGCCUGGGGACAGUCCUCUUUCUAGCUCAUCACAUGUUCGCAACCUGUUUACCCCCCCUUUUUUUCUUUUGCUCCAAACAACUGCAUUCCAUGUUUUAUGCUUAAGUAGUUACAUAUUUUGUCUGUCUCCCUCUCAUGCUCUUAAGACAGUGUUUUGAAGGUGCUGGCAAAGAGGGCCAGGCGGUAAUUGUGGGGAGCCUGCUUCUCCGGCCGCCCAGUGAAGCUUCUUCUGAGAAGUUACGAAGCCCAAACGAGUGUACACAAUGCAUUAAUAUUAUCAUUUUCCCCUCAGGAAUUGAAGCCUCUGAUUUGUCCAGCCUGCUAGAGCAAUUUGAAAAGACAGAAGGUGAGUUGCGAAAUUUGGACAAGCAGCUCAGCACGUUGACCAGUGUGCCAGCAGGCUUGUUCACUCCUCCAGCUUCUUCGCCUGUCCCAAAACUGUCGUUGAAAUUCUACUCCAUAUUGAUCCAGAGCAGAUUCCAACCUAUACUUAGCAGAGUAAAAACUUAAACAUGUUGCAGGAUUCCCCGAGGCAAUUGUAUUUCAUUGAGCAGAGCUUUACCGCUACUGAAGGCAAAUGAGCAUAAUGGUCACAAAUCCAAUACACUCAGGACUGGCACUGUCCAUAAGAAAUCCAGUUGCAGCAGACUUAACUUAAAGUUACAACAACUUUAAUAAGUCUAAACCUUAACACUAUACAGCCAUACCUUGGAUCCCGAACGCCUUGUGACUUGUACGUUUUGGCUCCCGGAUACUGCAAACCCAGAAGUGAGUGUUCCAGUUUGCAAAUGUCCUUUGGAAGCCGAAAGGCCAGUGUGGCUUCCACAGCUUCCGAUUGCGUGCAGGAAGUUCCUGCAGCCAAUUGGAAGCCGCGCCUUGGUUGUCGAACAUUUUGGAAGUCGAAUGGACUUCUGGAACGGAUUCUGUUUGACAACCAAGGUACGACUGUAUACAGAACACCACAUCAGAAGGAAAAGAGAUAGAAAGAGAAAGUGAAACCGAGGCUCCUUCUGGCCUCCUAUUACAGUCAGCAUGACUUUGAAAAAAGAGAUAACAGAACCAGUUUAAGCCAGCUAUACUCUGCCUUCUCUGAAGGAAUAACCCAAACAUCGUGAACCUUCUGCUUGUUUCUUUCACACAGAGAAGCUUCCAGAACCCUCUUGAAUUAAUCAGAAUAGGAAAGAUCUCUGCAUAUCAGAUCAAUACUUUCUCUACUAAGAAAUGCAAGCUGACACAAACAUGCCUGACUGCCUUGUGUAUCACAUGAAGGUGGCAGCCAAUCCCAGGCUUCCUUGCACUUUCUUUCCACAAAGCACCAAACUUCUUGUGGAAACGAAGAGAGCUAUCUGAGGGCCAGUGUGGUACAGUGGCUAAGAGUAUUGGCCGGGAGAUGAGAGUUCAGUUCCCCACUGGCUCAUCUGGUGACUUUGGGCCAGCUUCUGCUUCCCAGCCUGGCCUACCUCACAGGGUUAUUGUGAGGAUAAAAUGGGGGAGGGGAGAACCAUGUAUGCUACUUAGCGCUGCUGGAAGGGGAAGAUGGGAUAUAAAUGUAAAAAUAAAAUAAAUGCGCCCACUGGCUUGGGUGAAUGUGUUUUUCAUUGAAAACAACCUAGGUCUCCAGAAAAGAUAGGCAAGUUUUGUGCUCAGAAAAAAUGCUUGUGAAUAAUGCUUUGCUUUAUUUUAUUUUUUAGCCAAAAAGGAAGCUCCUAGUAUGGCAAAAUCUAAGGACAAUGUGACUUUGGGGAACAAUGGGUGAGUACAGAACUUGAUCCUAACCAGGUAUCUUCCCACCCACAAUUAUUUCCGCUUGGUUGACAAAUAGCACUGCAUUUCUGGAGGCACUGGUGGCAAGAGACCUGCUUUUCAGAGCACGCACAUCCUGGACUAAGUUGCAUGAUAACCUGCUAAGGAGUACCAAGCGUGCGGUGUUUCAGUGCUCCAUGUGCUGACUAGGUGAUUCCUGAUUGUGUGGGACACUCUGUGUGUAAUAGAGGCUUUUCUCUCUCUCUCCCCUUCAGCUCUGAGGCACAGCAGGAAAAGAAAAUGGUGGACCGGCUUCAGGCGCCAGAGCUCACCAAUGUUGCAGGUGAAGGCUCUUAGAGUUAAGCUCUUUCUGUACUGAGAGAUGUUCCCUGAGACUGAAAUGCCAGGAAAUUCAACACGCUCUUUCUCCAGGAGUGGUGUGGGGUAGAGGUGAAGUGAGUGCUAAGGGCAGAGCUAAUUUGCCUCAUCUCUUCAGCACCCAAAAAUGCAUUCCUGAGAUUCUCUUUUGAGCUCUUGCUGAGGGGCCUGUUCAUGCUGAGGAAGGGUGCUCUUUUGGGAAGGUAGAUGGGGCAACUGUGACACACCCUUUUCAUAAACAUGAAAAGACAUAAGCUAAAAAGCAGAAAAAGAAUUGAGUAAUUAUAAAUUGCCGUCAAAAUGCAAAGGCAUGAAAUUUACAUUAAAGGUAAACUGCCUGGGGGGGCAACCAAUUCACUCAAAGACCUAGGAAAAAUAGGAAGAGUUUACAGCAUGGGGAAGCAGAGUGUGGCCCUUCAGGCCUCUCUGUGUGGCCCUUGGAACUCCGCCCAGGCAACAGUCCUUACUGACUUGUGUUUCACACCCCAAACUAUUUUGCUCUGGCUGUAAUGUGUCCUCAGACUUUGAAAAUGUAUAUUGCUUGUCCAGAUGGGCAGAGAAGGGUGUGUAAAUAGAAAGUAGCCCACUGUGCAGUGGUAAAAGUUGCAUAAAGUUGCUCUUCCCACUUAUAUCUCUGACUCUGCCCAACACUGGGAUACGGUCCCUGGAAGGUUGCCCGGAAGGGAAUGCUACAAAAAAAAAAAGGUUACCCGCCGCAUAGCCUAUUCAAGAAGAUGGAGACUUCUUAAUUUUUUCUGGGAGAAAGUUGCAAAAUUGAGCUGGUUUGGGCUAUUGCUGGGGGCAAAAACUUUUACAUCCCCCAUAGGAGGGGCAACAAGGCCAGUUGCCUGGACCACGUUUUUUGAGGGUGGGAGGGGUGCUGUGCACAUGGGUUUCUCUUCCAUCUCCUGAGGGCUCUCUGUCUCUCUGCAGGACUGACGCCUCCAGCCACUCCGCCCCACCAGCUCUGGAAACCCCUGGCGGCCGUCUCCCUGUUGGGUAAGGCUGGCUCCACCAAAGGCGUCAGGCUCACGAAAUCCCUGAGCAAGCCUCACCGGAAAGCUGCAGCCCCCGUUCACGUCGGCUCCGGUGAGCAUGACUACUGUCAGCUUGGUGCUGCUCAGCCAAAGGGAGGUGCCCGGUGGAACGUCAAGCAAAACUCUGACAUAACAAUAAAGCCCAUCAAAGCCGUGGCAAAAGAAGUGCCAGAUCAGCCCCCUGUUGCGAGCCAGCUCCCUGCUGCUGUCAGACUGGACCCUGCUGGCUCCCUUGGCACGGCGGCUGCCUGCCAGAAUCCCAGAGAUGUUGGGCGGGAGCAGCUCAGAGCCUCUAUUCCUGUUGCAGCCAGCUCGAACCCUGACACAUCAGAGUCACCGCUGUUGGACAGCAGCCCCACCAGCUCACAAAAGGAGCCCCUGGACCACCGGACUAGCACACCUAGGUCCACGGGCAGCGACGAUCCGUGCUCCGUACUGUUAUCUCCGGCUGCGUCCCCCUGCCGGGAUGCAGAAGGACCCACGUUGCAGCAGCCUCAAGAGGUUCGGCAGAAGCGGCUGGCUUCCAAACGCUCCUUGCGGUGCUACCGGGGCAGGCAGAAGUCAGCCAGUCCACCAGAGGGGCCCUGGAGAGGCAGGCGGACCCGCGCCAGCAGGACUCGCGCCAGCCGAUCCUUCAGCUCCAGCUCUGAUGGAGACAGUGACAACAGUGACUCUUCAUCCUCCUGCUCCUCCUCUUCCUCUUCCUCGGCGUCCUCUUCUCGGUCACGCUCUCGGUCUCCCCCAGCAAAGCGCUGGCGAAGGUGAGGGAUGAAGUCUCUUUCCUCUUGCCAAGACUCGGCACCCCGAGUGUCAAAUUGCCCUUGCGUGACACAAAGGUUUUAUGGGCCUUUUCCCUCAGCAGCUGUUGUGGAUGAAAGUUAUGGGUGUGGAGUGCUGUGGGGUGGCUUGGGGUGUUUUGCAUGCACAUGAGCAGCAAUGGAGUCUACGUUGCCCAAGAGGAAGCCCACUGCACUCUUUGCUAGCCUUGUGGAUAGCUGGGUCCUUUCCUAGCUUAGCGAGUCUUAGGCUCUUAUCUACAGUAUACCUGCCUAUGUAUGUACUGUAUAACGUAAGUAGAUAAAUAGGUACCAAUAGGGAAGGUAAAUUCCAUUGUGCCAGAAGUGUCAUGCUGGUCACAUGACCUGGAAAAAACCCCAUAGUCAAAUUUGACUGGACUUAACCGUCCAGAUGUCCGUUACCUUUAUCUUUACACGCCUGUUCUGGUUCUCUUCCAGAAGAGCUUUUGGACUGAACUUCUCAACUUGUAUCUUGUUACUUGGAGGAUAGCUUUGCAAACUGCUCUAAUGAGUGUGUAUCUAGCAUCCCUUUCUGUCCCUUUGGGUUGAAUCCAAAGCAGGGCUAAGUCACGGUCCCGUUAGCACAGGGAUUUCUGUUUGCACAACAGGACUUUCUCCCUGCCUCCCCAUGCCCCUAAUUUUAUUUUUGGAGGUUCUGCCAGCCUUCUGGAGCAUAUUUGAUUAAAUGGAAAUCCUUUUGUUAGUUAGUUGGAUACCCUUCUUGGUGAAUUUGGUAUGCACCUUAUACGGAGGGGCCACAGGCUAAUUCAGUUUGCAUGUGACAUAUAGUCACCAUGAGGACUCUUCCCAUCCUAGGAAUGGCAGCCUGUGGGUUGCUGAACCUUUUCAACUGGGCCCAUUAAACCUCUGCUUCUCUUUCCAUCAGUUCUGUUGUUCUGUUUCUAGUGACAUCUUGUGCUGCCUGAGGCAGCUGCCAAUAUCCAGCCCUCAGCUGGUCUAUUCACUUGAUGGUACUGUGGAAUGCACAUGGAUGCUGAUGCUGAUUAAGGCCUAAGAUUUCAAUUAUUUCCAAAAACCCAGUGUUCAGGACCCUUGGAGUGGAAGGUUAGCCACACAAUGGCAUAGGUGGCAACAGUCCAUUGCUAACGGAUGCGCAAGUUGCACUAUCUUCUUAACUGCCUCUCUCUGGAGAAAUUUUGAUCAGGUGAAUUACGGGAGAACCUCGGGUUGCAAACGUGAUCAGUGCGGGAGGCACGUUCACAACCCACAGGGUUCUCAACCCGCAGUGCUGCGUCUGCGCACGCAUGGGUUGCGAUUUGGCGCUUCUGCGCAUGUGCAAAGUGUGAUUUAGUGGUUCUGCACAUGUGCGAGCACCGAAACCCGGAAGUAAUCUGUUCUGGUACUUCCGGGUUCGGUGCAGUGCGCAACCCUAAAACGCAUAACCUGAAGCGUCUGUAACCCAAGGUACCACUGUAUUAAGACCUGUUGAUGUAAAUGAAGCCUUAACUUGCACAAUGCAUACCAAGCACAGAAACUGACCUUUGUCCCGAUUUGUGGUGGAAUACAGCGGCCUGAACGUCUGCCGUACUUCUGGUAUUUCUUGUAGUGGGGAGAUAGAAAUGGCUAUGCAGCCCUUAAUUAACUCCACUGUGCAUAUCCUGCACUUCUACUGUUAGCAUUAAGUUACUUCUUGAACAUAGUCUUACCUGGUAUAUGGCAGCUUCCUGUUCAUCCAUCUAGAUCAGCAUUGUCUAUUCUUGACAGUAGCUCUCCAGGGUAGCUCUCCCCAUCUCCUGUUAACUGAUUUCUUUUUACUUUAGAUGCUAGGAAUUUCACUGGGUAUCUUCUGCACGUAAUGCAAAUGACCUAUUAUUAAGCUCCAGUCCCUUACAGAACAAGUGUUAAAGCGUCUUGGGUAUGUCUUAGGGUGAACAUUUGACCAAUAUAUUUUGGAUAGGUAAAGGUAAAGGUACCCCUGCCCGUACGGGCCAGUCGUGACCGACUCUAGGGUUGUGCGCCCAUCUCACUUAAGAGGCCGGGGGCCAGCGCUGUCCGGAGACACUUCCGGGUCACGUGGCCAGCAUGACGAAGCUGCUCUGGCGAGCCAGCACCAGCGCAGCACACGGAAACGCCGUUUACCUUCCUGCUAUAAAGCGGUACCUAUUUAUCUACUUGCACUUAAGGGUGCUUUCGAACUGCUAGGUGGGCAGGAGCUGGGACCGAAAGACGGGAGCUCACCCCGCCGCGGGGAUUCGAACCGCGGACCAUGCGAUCGGCAAGUCCUAGGCACUGAGGUUUUACCCACAGCGCCACCCGCGUAUAUUUUGGAUAGACCUCUACAAAUGCAAGUAGGUGUCACAGUCUGCUCUGCCACAAAGUCUUGGGAACCCCUUGUUCCCUGGGAGAGAAGGCAUGCUGAAGCUCCAUGGCAAGCAGGUUGGUUGCACAAGCUGAAGGUCACUCAGGGGAGCUCCUGUGUGUGUUUGCAUGCACUCCCAUGGACACACAGUGUGUGCAGCCGCUGGUCUCACUGGGCUCCCUCCUUCACUCCAGGUACCAUUCUCGAAGUUCCAGCUCCUCUUCCUGUGGGAGCUCCUGGAGUCGGUCGAGGGGCAGGUCCCGGUCUUCUUCGUGUUCCUCCUACAUCUCAAGAUCAUCCUCCUGCUCCCCCUCUCUGCACAGAAGGAAGAGGUGAGACAUGCAGCACUUGUGUUUGUUCUCUUGAACAGUGGGAUAGAUAAUCUGUCUUCUUCCCCUUUCUCCUCCACCACCCCAGCAAUUCUAAUAUGAAAGUAAAGUCAAAUAUUUUAUGUUCAGUUUGGGCUCCCUCUCUGUUUCCCCACAUGUGAAAUGCUUAAAAUACAUUUUUGUGCCUUUUUUAGUCACCAUAUGGGUUUUCCUUGUGAAGUAGCUUUGCAUUCUCCUUUCUUGAAACCUUGAACCCUUCCCACGUAUUCGGCACCUUAGUAUUCUGCCCUUCCUCCAAGGGGCUCAGAGGUGUGUUUUUUGCCUCGUGUGCAGUAAAGUGUGCUGUGACUUUUGCAUUGAGUUUUGUAGCUGAACUGCAGCCUAGGUUCUCCAGGUCUUGCCUGUAUUCUUGCCACUGCGCCAACUUUCACAAGUUAGUUGUCACCUGAUAAACAGCUUGCGGGUUUCUUUGUGUGGCACUCCCCCACACACACAUUCACAAAGAGUGGGGUGUUUAGCUUUAUACUGACCAGCCACGUGAGUGGACCCCAACUGUGUCUGUACUUCUCUCUCUCUCUCUCCCCCACCCCCUCUCUUCCUUGGAAGCUGCUUGCAGCCUGGAACAUCUCAUUCUUCUCUAAGAGCUAAAACCAGGAGAUGAUGGCUGUAUCUCCCUAAGUGAAGAAUCAAGCUGCUCCUACCUUUCUGCUACCAUUUCACUUUUUUCACUCUGCUUUGCUUUGACUUCUUUUUUUUUAAAAAAACCAUACAGAUACAAUACCAGCAGCUCCCGUGAGCGUUACCAAAGGCAGAAAAACGGAUACAAAGACCGUGCAAUAGUGAGUAUUUCUGGGACAUACCAGUGCUCUAGGAAGGACAGCUACACCAUGGGGGGCUGCCUUAAUCAUGGUCAUUGUAAGACCAUGUGUCGCUUUCCUGCUCUGGAAUUGAUAGGCUUUCUUCAACCUAAUGCUAUUCGGCUGUUUUUCCCACAACCAGGCAGCUCUGCUUUUUCCAUUGAUCCAAGGACAAGGAGAGGCUGGCCUGUUUAAGUGACAGUAAACUUUCCUCACUGCCAAAGUGCUAAUACAGUGCAGAAGUGCAGUUUUUGAGCAAGCAAUUGCUUAAAAAAAAAAAAAAAAAGCAAGUAGCUACUUCUUGAGCUGCAGAGAUGACCUUGACAGUAUGUGGGCCAUGCUUGCUGAAAUCUCAGAAGCCAUAGAGGUGGCUGGUUUAGGCUUGGUAUGUUUUUCAGAGUCUUUGUCCUUGUUGAGAUAGGCAAAUACACAACAAGAGUUGCAAAAAAAAGAGAGGAAAAAAUAAAAACAGAUGCACUCAGCAAAAAAGCAUGCUGGUUGCCGAAUUUGGUUUUCCCUGGAUAUGGUACACAUACGGUUGAGUUACCUUGGGAACGUGCACCUACUUGGGCUUUUCCCCUUCCCUUGAGGAAAUCCUGACAAUGUCUUAGCCCUUUAGGCAAACUUCCAAGUGAGGUCUUGGUCCUGGGGCACUUUCUGUUAGAAGUUGAAGUUGAUUUGCAUGAACAAAGGUAAUAGUUGUGGGUAUUUGCAUAGCAGCUAAACUGGCUCAUGACUUCUGUUCAGUGGGGAAGUUCAUGCGUAGAGCACAUGAACACAUUCGCCACAUAGAGAGUGAACGUGAGGCCGUCCCAAAAUUCUCCGACUCUUUCCAGAGAAGCUGUUGCCCUCCUCUUAGUGAUCCACAAAGGCACCAUGGAAAGGGUUAGAACAAGUUUUGGAAGCCUGUGGCCCUCCAGAUUUUUGCUCUUGGGUGGGCAGUACUUACUGAUGCUGGAAUGUAUAUUCUAUUAGCAUCCUGAAGGACCAUGAGUUCCCCAUCAGUGGUUCGCACAAGUAAGCAGGGGGAUCUAUAUUUAAAAAUGAGUUUGUGGUGAGUGUUCUUGUUGGGGCAAGUGGAUUGGCAGGAGGAAGAUGAUUGCUUGAUAGAACUGUGGCUGAGUUAUGCUCCUUCUCUCCCUCAAUUAUGUGCAUAGGAAGAACGGCGUGUUGUCUUCAUUGGGAAGAUCCCCAGCCGGAUGACUCGUUCAGAACUACGACACCGUUUCUCUGUGUUUGGGAUCAUUGAGGAAUGCACCCUGCACUUCCGGGAGCAGGGGUAAGAGGGGAUCAAGCCUUCCUUUGGGCAACCUCCGUUGCUGCAUGGAGCUAAUGGGAAGAGGGGGGAAGAGGAUGGGGUGUUUGAUUCUGGCCCUUCGCUUUCCCCCUGGCUGGUCCCAGCUGUAAUUCCUUGUAAUUCCUUGUCCUUCCUAUCUGGCAGGGAUAACUAUGGCUUUGUGACGUACCGCUAUGCUGAAGAUGCCUUUGCUGCCAUAGACGGUGGGCAUUCACUGCAACGCCCUGAUGAGCAGCCCUUUGACUUGUGCUUUGGAGGACGCCGGCAGUUCUGCAAAAGAAACUACGCCGACUUGGGUGAGUCCAUGGAGGUGACUGUGAGCUUGGGUUAAACACAGUUGCCAUGAGUAUCCAUGUUCUUGGAACUUUCUUUGUGCAGGAGGUUAGCCCCCUGCUUAAACUUUAUUUUGCUGGUCUCAUGAUUCUUGUGGUGUCAGUCCUGCACUGAGGUGUCUCUCAACACAGCAAAGGAAGCUUGGUCUUAAGUAUCUUGGGUAAUGGAGUUGUCAGUUGAGGUUCAGCUAGCUUGGCACUGAUUUUUCCCUAUUAUGUAUUAAAUUUAUAUACCACCCUUCAUCCAAAGAUCACAGGGUGGUUUUCAACAUAAAAACACAAAAUGGAUAACAUAAUAGUAACACCCCCAUAUAUUCAUGAACUAUGUCUGAUAGAGAAGGUGGGAGAGAGAGAAGAGUUCGGAAUAAUUGAUUCCAGAGUUUUUGGGGGGCAAACAGUCUAGGGGGAGUGUAGAGGUGGCUAGAGGCCUAGUCAGCCUUUCCAUUCCAGUGCACUUUUCUGAUUGCUAAUUCUAGUUGACUCACCGGUGACUGUCUUUGUGUUUUUCAGACUCAAACCGAGAUGACUUUGAGCCUGCUCCCGCGAGGAGCAAAUUUGACUCCCUUGACUUCGACACCUUAUUGAAGCAGGCUCAGCGGAGUCUGCAGAGGUAACGCUGGCUCUCUCGGGCUCACGUUGCCCGGUAGGCAUCUGCCUACACCAGCCUUACCUCAGAUUGGCUGCAGGGGCAGGUGCCCCUUAGGCCUAGCUGCUAUGUCCAGCGUGGUUUUGUAAUGAAAUAUAACAGAAAAAAAAUCCCAUAAACAAUUUUUAUCCUGGCUGUUUUUCUAGGGACUAUUUAAGGGGAAGGACACUUUCUCUAACAGUGGGGACAGGAAUGGAAAAACAACAUCAACCGCCUUCAGUCCACUUAAUCACUAUGCAGACAAUAAACUCUAAUCAUAGAUCUUCCCAGUCUCCUACUUUUUGUCUGUCUGUAUCUGUCACAGCAGGAUUGGAGGAGGCAAGGUACAAGGCCUCAGGGAUUUUCAUACAGGUGGUGAAAUCAAGCUCAUCUGAUCAAGGUCCGAAGGGGUCACCUUGGGUGUCACACAAAGUUAGGAUGUGCUGUUGUCUUAAUGACCUGUGGUAGCCACAGGUGGGCUGUAAGGUGGCUGUGGGUGGGGCUGCAGAAGCUGCUUGUUGUCUAGUUUCUCCCAGUCUACAUUCACCAGGGCUAUAAAGAAUGUAGGCUCACCACAGUUCUGAAUGGCCAAUAGUUAACGUGUUUCAGCUCCUGUGGGGUUGGGUGGGCUGGUUUUGUUCUCUUGCUCACCCAGAACGUCUCCUGUGCUGCCACACCCCUUCUCUGUUUGCUCUGCCUAUGGUAUAUUUCUACAACAAACCCUGCAGACUUGUUCUCCCCUUUUCUAGAGUUGCAAGUCCACAGUAGGAAUAAUAAUUAUUAUUAUUACUGCUAUGACGAUGAUGAUGAUGUACCAAGGCAAUCACUUAGGGAGGUAUCUAGCUAAUGUGCUGCAUGGAUUUAAGCUUGCACAAUGGAACUUGCCCUUCACUCAUGCCUGCCCUGUGCCCUCUCCAAAAUCUCUGGAGGGUUGGUGGGGAGAAAGCCAGGACAGAUUCAGUGAGGCAUGCAGGGAUGGGAAAGGUCUGUUACUUGGCAUUACUUUGGAUACACCCCUUUUUCUAGCUGUUGAUAGGAGCAAGGAAUUACAAAGCCCCGAUUACUAAGAAUCUUGUCUAGCAACACCUGAUAUUUGAGAUCUCAGUAGGCAUUGCCUGCUGAAAUUCAAACAAAAUUUUCAAGCUGUAAGGAUUAGAAACCUGCCUCUUUUUUCUUUCUUUUAAAAAAAAUUGAUAGUUGAGGCUCACUGGAAACUAGAUUCUGUGCCCAAUAUAGUAUCCUUCAGGUUUCUUGCUGAAUUGCAGUAGGAACGUGGUCUUAGCUCAAGUGCAAGCAGCACACAUUCCAGCAGUCUUCCAUCAGACCUGCACCUCCGUGUGGCUGUGCACAGGCCCAAGUAAUAGGCUAGCAUGGUGCUUGAUUUAAGGGCCUGUGAAUUCUGGUCAGAAAUCUAUGCCAAUACAACUUAAGCAGACAUUAAAGAAAACGGGUAUUCUAUAGGAAAUUAAUACCCUGAGGAGAGAAUUAGUGUGAGACGUGGGAAUGGAGAUGGAGAUAGAAGAAAGGGGCAGAAGCACAAGGGCAGCAUGGGGAACCCCCAAAACCUGCUGCCACAGUGCUUUCUGCCUUAGCUGCUUGGCAAUAAGGCAAAAGCAAGCAUCCUGAAUGUUUCAAGUCCUACCUGAAUGUUUCAAGUAGCUGAUCAGAGAAGCUGUGUGGGAGAUGGAUCUAUUUUAGCAAGUUGGAGCAAGUGGCCUCAUACACCACUGGAUGGCACUGUACAUAAAUCAGUCAAUAAAUAGCAUAAUUGCUGAAGCCGGAACAGAAUAACAUUAAAAGCACUAGUUGUUCUCUGAACUAUUUCCUUGGAGAUUGGUGCCAUGCAUCACUCAAGCCAUACAAGCUAGGAGAUUUUUAUGUAGUCAUUGCUUU